GCUCGCGGCUCGGCUGGAGUUCACGCCCAGGGGGCGAACGGGAAGUGUGUGGCUGUUAGUGAAAUAUCUGCUUAAAAUUCAGGCUUUUAAAAAAUAAAUAAAUAAAAUAUAUAUAUAUUUUUUUUAAAAAAAAGAUGAAGAAUCAGGACACAUUGCUCUUGCUGCUGCUGCUCGCUUUCCCGGCAGCGGUGGUGCUCAGAGGCCCUUUGGUGGCAGCUCAGGAUCCUACUGAAGACGAGGAGACUGCCGAUGAAGCGGCUGUGGAGGAAGAAGACGACGAAGCGGAGGUUGAGGAUGAUGAAGGUACCGACCUGAUGAGUGAGAAAGAAGAGGAGGGAGAUUUCUCAUCGAGUGAAGCAAAGGCCUCACCCCACGCUGACACCACCAUCCUUUUUGUCAAGGGACAAGAUUUUCCUGCCAACAGCGUUGUGAAAUUCCUGCUCGGCUUCACCAACAAAGGCAGUGAGGAGUUUGUCGUCGACUCUCUGGACGCAUCCUUCCGCUACCCCCAGGACUUCCAGUUCUACAUCCAGAACUUCACAGCUCUGCAGCUGGGCCUCAUGGUGCCACCGCAGCGGCAGGCCACCUUCGAGUACUCCUUUAUUCCUGCCGAGCCUAUGGGGGGGCGCCCCUUCGGCCUUGUCGUCAACCUCAACUACAGGGACAGCAACGGCAAUGUGUUCCAGGAUGCUGUUUUCAACCAGACUGUUACUGUCACUGAGAAAGAGGACGGCUUGGAUGGAGAGACGGUCUUCAUGUAUGUAUUCCUGUGUGGCCUGGGUCUGCUGGUGGUUGUGGGUCUGCAUCAGCUCCUCGAAUCCCGGAAGAGGCGAAGACCUGCAGUCAAAGUGGAGAUGGGAACGUCCAGCCACAAUGAUGUCGACAUGAGCUGGAUCCCCAAGGAGACUCUCAAUCGGAUCAACAAGGCGUCUCCAGGACGGUCCCCACGCAAGAGGACGAAGAAGCACUUGGCGGGCUCCGACAAAUGAUGGUCGCCCUCUGGCCGUGGAACACAGCGCCUGCAGUAGUGUGGCCUCGUGGGAACACUUUGACCAAGGGCCCCCCAGCCCCGCUGUCUGUCGGGGAUAAAACCCCUCCCACUUGAGAUUAAGUAUAAGGGUUAACAAGGCCUUUUACAGCACUGUGACUAAGAGUAAUGGUACAAAAGGAAUUAAUGGGCAAAAAAACUAAACCUUCAAAAAGCUUGGAUUAAAAAUGGACUUGAAGACACUGGUCUCAUCAGGGGAGAUGCUGUCCAUGGGCAUAAUUUACAGGUGCAUGUGCCUUUUUCUUGUUUUUUUUUUUCUUCCUAGGCGGUGGUCCGACGCCACACAGAUAGGAAUCAGUAUGAAUCAGGACGUCUUUCAGUUGAUUGAAUCUCUUUUAGUUUCUUUAAUCGUUUCAGUGACUUGGCUGACAUGAAGCUUGUGAGACGUGAGGAAGGGCCAUCUUUCCGAGAGCUCCCUCGGCUGCACUGAUACCUCCUGCUUUUCAGGUGCUCCUUUUAUUUUUUUCUUUGGUAAAUAUGAAUGACACAAUUGUUCUCAUUUUGUUCAAAUGUGCCAUUUUUACUUGCUAUUUGAGUUCACUAAGUUCUCAGUCUUAAUAUAUACAUAUCCGCUAAGAGAAAGUGUGAGUUUGCAAUUCAGGGUUUGCAUAAGAAAGCCAGUUGAAUUUGAGUUUCCUUUCUUUGUGCCCCAAACUGUUGGAUACUGAAUGUACCUGAACACACUCUCACGCACUUAUUACUUGGUCUUUCUGUGGGUUAGCACUGUGCUCCUAGUUGCUGGCUAACAGUUCCUCCACCCCCCCCGCCUUGUCCUUUUUAUAUGCAAUGUGUCACACACACUGACAAAUUUAAUAAGCCAUUAAAUCUUUUGUUUUGGAAUGCAGAGUUCCAGCAAGUGUUUUCUUUUGUUUUGCUGUUUGCAUCGUUCUACUGUAGCACAACAUUUAGAUUUCACCAUUUUCACUAAAAUAUUGCAGCCCCUUAACACAAAUGGUAGUCUGGAGCAUCCCAUUACUUGUACCUUAAAACACCCAAAGACUAAAGCCCCCCCCCCCCAACGUGUUUCUUUCACACAUAAGUGUUUUCAUGCGGCACUAUUUUUACCUUUAUUCCCAAAUCUGUAUCUCACUUUCUUUAGUAUCAGAAUACCUGUUUUCUUGUUCUAGCACAUUUUUAAGAAAGUAACUUCGAAUUCCCACUAACUGCACCAAAAAAUGUGGGUGUGUUGUGGCAGUGUGGCCAGCCGAGGUUACCAUACAGCAGGUGGAGCAGUCGUUGUCAGAUGUCACAACAAAAGCUUUGGGACUUUUGGGGAAAUUAUGUUGUAUAGACCAUCGUAAGUUGCAUGUGUUUUGUUAAUUCGAGGAUCAUUUGUAUUUUUUUGUAAUUGCUGAAAAUCACUGCCAGUGUGUGCCUUAGUUAUUGUAAUUCAUCUGAAAUCAUGCUGGAAACUUCCCCCGGAAUACUGCAAGUUUUCCUUCUUUGGGUGUGUCGCAAAGUAAUGCACUUGUCUUAUUCAAUUAGCAUGACUUCAGUACAUUGCAUAAAAAGAAUGCAAUUCUCAGUAUGUAAGAAUCAGUGUUGUUGUUGAAUUACGUGUGAUGAAUGUAGCACACAGGAGCAAUAAGGCAGCCAGAAUUAAAAGUUGAUUUGAACCUUUUCUACUUUUGUAGUUUUAAAGAAGUCAACAGGGAGAGAAACACAGGCUUUAGGCCAUCUCCGCGGUCUGACGGACAGGACGGGAACACAAAUGCGUUACACGCUCGUCCGUAACACGUCUUUAUUGCUUAAAUGUCUUAAAACGUAACAUUUGUGAAUUCAAAGCACUGUAAUACAGAGGAGGGAGGAACAGAGUACCAAAAAGUCGGGUAAUACUAGGGAAGCGGCAUCCUCCCGGCGCAGGUACAGUGGCAGUGCACAGGUUCCCUUUAACAGCAAGACAGAACUGCCAAUGGGGCUAGAAAUGGCCACUUCGUCCAGUCAAACGGACUGCUCCUAGUGUCAGAACGCAUGGCAAAAAACAAGUAAAAACAUUUAAAAAGGCAUUAAAGGAUGUAUUCAAACUGUAUCAGAGUCCAUUCAAAGGUUUCAGGAGAAGUUUCUUACUGACUCACGUGUGCUUAUGGUCAAGUGCUAACGUAGUGAUUGACGGUUUUAUUCCUUAUAAAAUAAAUGGAAGCAAGUUUUGCAACUCAGGAGGGAAAACAUGAGUUUUGUAAAAGCCCUGAGAGCGAGAAAAAUAAUUCAAACUAACAUGCAAAAUUAGCCUAAGACUCACCCAUAAGUAAAUAAACAUGAAUUUCACAGUUUACAUUAAUUAAAGUGGAGUAAAUGCAUUUGUCAUUUAAAACAAAAUAUGUAGCGACAGAGGCCUAGAUAAUAACACAUGUAAAGCUUAAGAAUCAAUAGUAAUCGUUGCUAGUAGCAGUGUCACGCCGGCACUGGGACGAUCUUUCUUACAUUUCACUUCUCUGCAGCAUAAAUCUAGUAAUACAUGGCUUCUCUUUAGAGAACCUCUCCUGCGCACCGCAGGUUCUCAAUAAAUACAUUACAUAACAGUGUGUAUUCAGUCUGGAAAUUCACCCUCGCCUACACACAAAACACACAUGUACAUAUUAGAUACAUGGAAAACGGACAGGUAACGGGAAGCCAAGUGAGACCAUUUUUCCAUUUACCUCAAUACAGUUUCACUAAGCACUGCAUAUUAUUACACUGUGUAUUCUACCGCCACGCCGUCAGUGACCGUGGAGACGAGGGAAACGAACCCGGGCCUGCUUCUCCGUCUUCCCCGUCCACUGUCCCGCGUUUCGGAAGGCCAACACAACACCGACGCGCUCCGCAGUUGCAUUGCUUGCUUUUCAGCCGUUAUGAUUGUUUCUUCUGUGUCACGUUUCGUUUUUUUUGGUUCAAAGCUAGGCCUGACCCAGUCUGACCAGGGAUAUUGCUCAGUGUUCCUGUGUCAUGAGUGUUCACAUUCCAGCAACCCCUGCUGCCGCUGCACUGAACGUUGGCAAACAUCCUGAGGUUUGUUUCGUCCGGUUCUGAGGUUCCUCUUAAUAGGGGAGUGUAGUAUGUAUAAAUAUAAAAAUUAUGUAUAAUAUAUAAAAAUACAUAGCUAUUUUUUU